AUGGGGGUAACAACACUGAUGAUGUUGAUGUCGUUUAUGAUAAAGAUGGCAUCAGCAACGGUGCCGGACUCUUCAGUGGAUCUUCAGAUCAGCUUGGCUACAGUAAAAGCAUGCUACCCGGUGCCAUUUGGAGUCAAAACAAUCCCCUCCAACAUUUCCAGCAACACCUGGUGCCUGAAAGUUACGCAUACGCAGAUCAGAGAGAUUCGGCAGCAGGCCUUCAGCAGCCUUCAGUAUCUCAGGAAAGUCAUGAUAGUGGGGAAUGAAGUGCUGCAGAGUAUCGGUACAUCCGCCUUUGCCGGUCUCCCUUCACUCACUGAUAUUUUUAUAUCUGAAAAUGUUGCUUUGGAGGGUAUAAAAGCUUUUGCGUUCUCUGAUCUACCACUGCUCACCGACAUAGAGAUAUCCAAGGCAAAACACCUGAGAUUCAUCCACCCAGAUGCCUUCAGGAACAUUGUGAACCUUCAGUAUUUGACCAUCUCCAACACCGGCUUGACAAGGUUUCCAGACCUCUCCAAGAUCCACUCUACGGCUCUGCGUUUUGUGUUUGACCUGGAGGACAACAGCAACAUAGAGACCGUCCCUGCCAAUGCUUUCAGAGGCCUCUGCACUCAAACAAUUGAAGAGAUACGGCUCACCAGAAAUGGCAUCAAGGAGGUGGCAAGUGACGCCUUCAACGGAACAAAGAUGUACAGAUUAGUGCUCAGAGGCAACAAACAACUUACUUACAUCAGUCCCAGUGCCUUUGUGGGUCCCAGUGAGUUGGUGGCACUGGACAUCUCUCAAACGGCUAUCAGCUUUCUGCCGGACUCCAUCCUUGGUGGUCUCAAGAAGCUGUCUGCAAAGUCCACCUACCACCUGAAAAAACUGCCUUCUCCACACCACUUUACCAGUCUGGACUUGGCCAACCUGACAUACCCGUCACAUUGUUGUGCUUUCCAAAACAUGCACAGAAACAGAUCCCGGUGGAUCCCGAAGUGUAGUCACCCCGAGGUAAAGCGCUACCCUGGCUUCUACAGGGAGCACUGUUUCAACUCCACCUCCAUCACCUGCAGCCCAGAACCUGACAACUUUAACCCCUGCGAGGACAUCAUGUCCCCCGUCUCCUUACGGGUCAUCAUCUGGUUUAUCACUAUCCUCGCUCUGCUGGGCAAUACAGUGGUUCUCCUGGUAUUGUUAGGCAGCCGCUCUAAGCUCACCGUUCCUCGUUUCCUCAUGUGCCAUUUGGCCUUUGCUGACCUCUGCAUGGGCAUCUACCUGGUAGUCAUAGCAACCGUCGACGGGCUCACUCACGGCCGGUACUACAACCAUGCCUUAGACUGGCAGACAGGACUUGGCUGCAACGUGGCCGGCUUCUUCACAGUGUUUGCCAGCGAGCUGUCAGUGUUCACAUUAACAGCGAUCACUGUGGAGCGCUGGCACACCAUCACACAUGCCCUGAGACUCGACCGCAAACUUCGCCUGAGGCACGCGUGUAUCAUCAUGACAGCAGGCUGGAUCUUCUCCUCGCUGGCUGCUCUGCUGCCCACAGUCGGGGUCAGCAGUUACAGCAAAGUGAGCAUCUGCCUGCCCAUGGAUGUGGAGUCCCUGAUUUCCCAGGUCUAUGUGGUGUCUCUACUCCUUCUCAACAUCAUUGCGUUCAUCUGUGUGUGUGGCUGUUACAUAAGCAUCUACUUGACUUAUCGCAAGCCUUCAUCGGCACCAGCCAACGCCGACACCCACGUGGCUCAACGCAUGGCCAUCCUGAUCUUCACCGACUUCAUCUGCAUGGGUCCAAUCUCCUUCUUCGCCAUUUCAGCUGCCCUGAAGCUCCCGCUCAUCACGGUCUCAGACUCCAAACUCCUCUUAGUCCUUUUUUACCCCAUCAACUCGUGCUCCAACCCCUUCCUUUAUGCCUUCUUCACCCGCGCCUUCCGGAGGGACUUCUUUUUCCUGGCGGCUCGCUUCGGCCUGUUCAAGACUCGGGCGCAAAUUUACCGGACAGAGACUUCAUCCUGCCAGCAGCCGACUUGGACCUCUCCAAAGAGCAUCCGUGUCAUCUACUCACUGGCCAAUACGCUGAGUCUAGAUGGAAAACAGGAGUGCUGA